AUGACAGACAACUCAGAAGAGAGGGGUGAUGGUGAUGUGGAGGGUGGUGAUGUAGAGGGUGGUGAUUUGAAGGGUGGUGAUUUGAAGGGUGGUGAUUUGAAGGAUGGUGAUUUGAAGGGUGGUGAUGUGAAGAGUGGUGAAGUGAAGGAUGGUGAUGUGAAGGGUGGUGAUGUGAAGGAUGGUGAAGUGAAGGGUGGUGAAGAGGAGAGUGAUGAAGUGAAGGGUGAUGAAGUGAAGGGUGAUAAGGUGGAGGGUGAUGAAGUGAAGGAUGAAACAAUGGAUGUUGGAGUAAAGGGUGGUGAUAUAGAGGGUGAUGAUGUAGUGGGUGGUGGUGGAGUGGAGGAUGGUGAUACCAGUGAUGGUGACCUGGAUGAACUGACUAACAGAAUGCACCCGUGUUACACGACACCCGCCGUGUGGAAGAUGUGUUACACGACACCCGCCGUGUGGACGAUGUGUUAUACGACACCCGCCGUGUGGAAGAUGUGUUACACGACACCCGCCAUGUGGAAGAUGUUUUAUACGACAGUCGUGUGGAAGAUGUCAUAUGGCACCCACCGUGUGGAAGACAUGUUACACGAUAGCCGUGUGGAAGAUGUGUUACGCGACACCCGUGUGGAAGAUGUGUUACACAACAGCCAUGUGGAAGAUGUGUUAUACAACACCCGCCGUGUGGAUGAUGUGUUACACGACAACGUUUCUCUGCCGUCCGCAUCCUCCCUUCACCACGACCAGCCUGUGACGUCCAAACUCAGGCUGCAGAAGACAGGUGAGAAGGCCGCCCACUCUCUCCCCCACACCAGUGAUGAACUGGUUGCUGUUGAUGUUGAAGUCUUGCUCAACACUGAUGACAAACUUGCUGCAUUACAUACCAAUGAUGAACUUGAUGAUAGCAUUAGCAUGUGUGCUUUAUCUCACUGCAGUCAUGUUGAUAAUGAUGGCAACAGUGCUGAUAAUGAUGUAAACAAUGAUGAAAAUGAUGGCAACAGUGCUGAUAAUGAUGCAAACACUGCUGAUAAUGAUGCAGAAAAUGUUGAUAAUGAUGUGAACAGUGCUGAUAAUGAUGUGAACAAUGAUGAAAAUGAUGUAAACAGUGCUGAUAAUGAUGUGAACAAUGAUGAUAAUGAUGCUGGCAAUGCUGAUAAUGAUGUGAACAAUGAUGAUAAUGAUGCCGGCAAUGCUAAUAAUGAUGUGAACAAUGAUGAUACUGAUGCCAACAGUGCUGAUAAUGAUGCAAACAAUGAUGAAAAUGAUGUGAACAGUGCUGAUAAUGAUGCAAACAAUGAUGAAAAUGAUGUGAACAGUGCUGAUCAUGAUGCAAACACUGGAGACAAUGACGUAAAAAAUGUUGAUACUGAUGCCAGCAAUGAUAGUGAUGCCAGUCAUAUGGAUGAUACUGCUGAUGGUGAUUAUAAUGAUGCUAGUGAAAUUGCCUCCAGUGAAGAUGAUGAAUUUGAUAAAAAAGAUAACAUUGUAGGCGAGUAUAGAGACCUCAAUCCCAGUGCUACGUCUGAUACUGAGUAUAAUCCUGAACCCAACAGAAGAUCUGCUAAGAAAUCCACCAAGAAAUCUGCUAAGAAAUCCACAAAGAAAAGCUUGAAGAAAUCCUUGCGGUCUGGCAGAGUCUGUCAGUCCCCAGCUACUAACAAGAAGUCUACAUCUGCUCCUAGGUGCAAGAAAAAUAUUUUCAGCGGAACAAUUGCUUUGGAUGAAUAUGUUGCUGGGAGCUUACAAAGCAUAGACCAAGCCAGACCUGUGGGAUCUACAGGAUCUGAAGGACCUACAGGAUCUAAAGGACCUGUGGGAUCUACAGGAUCUAAAGGACCUACAGGAUCUAAAGGAUCUAAAGGACCUGUAGGAUCUACAGGAUCUACAGGACCCUCACCAGCAAGGCAGAGCAAGUCUAGAGUAUGUACGAGAAAUGAAACUCUCAUGUCCAGUCCAGAAGCUUCUGAAAUUCAGCAAAUUCAUUCAAGAAAAUUCAGGAAUUCCAAAUCAAUCAACAGAACUCUACCUUCAGAUGAAUCCUCCUCAGAAUUUUGUGAAGAAAUCAAGUAUAAAUCUGCGCAGAAAUCUCUUGCAAGUAUUUUUACAUCUCGGAAAAACAAUGUAAAGGAAUCAACUGAAGAAAAUAAAGCAUUGAAAUAUUCAUGUAGCUCCAAGAAAUCAUCAGAUAAACUGUUAUCAACUGAAGACCAUUCCUUGAUUGAUUCUGUAGAAAACAAGUCAACUGCAUCAACAAGACUGAAGAAAUCACAUGUAGAGUUGGCAGAAGUUGAACACGUUUCAUCAGCUACAGAAGACGAUGGCACAAGGACCGAAGACGAUGGCACAAGGACCGGCAAGCGUCGGAGAGCUUGUUCCUCUCGAGUGAACUACUUUGAGGGAGAUGAGGAACCGACUCCGAAGAAACCCCGCAUUCCUACGGCAGGAGAUAAGGUGCCCUGUGGAGGCAGGGACACCAACGGCAGGCUACCAGCCAGCACAAGCAGGGUGCUGCACCAGCAACUUGGUGCCAAACAACAACAUGAUGAUGCUGAUGCUGCUGAUGGUGAUGGUGAUGAUGAUGUGGAGGUUCUCUACAAUGAAACACCAUCGCUACCGAGACAACAAGCUUGGGCUGAAGACUACUGGCCGGUUACUGCUACAGUACAUGUACUGCAGUGCACUGCAUCUAGUGGCACCACUGCACAUACUGGCACAUUGUGUCUGCCAGAAUCCCUGGAAUCCUCCGGUCUGGAAACCCCGAGAUCCUUCACCGCGGAUCCUGAAUUAUCCUUCACGUGUCAUGGACGUGUCACGGACGUGUAUAGGACGUGUCAUGGACGUGUCACGGACGUGUAUAGGACGUGUCACGUGACUGGUGGUGACGUCACCUGGCCAAUCACGUGCGCUGUAAUUGAUGACGUCACGCUCUGCAGCUUCCUGAUUGGCUUACAAGUAGCCAAUCCCGCGUUCCCUGUGCUGCGCGUGUUCAUGCAAUACUUGAAAUGUAAACAAACCGCAAUAAAGAUGCACGUGAACAACCACAUCAACAACAACAAUAACGGUGUUGAUAAGGUUAUUAAAGACACUGAAGAAUUUGAGCCUGAGGUUAUGAAUAUCAAUGAAGGUUCACAGGUUCUGGUAGUUGAUGAUAUCAACAAAAUGAAUGUCAGUGGAGAUUCAUCAGAUGAAAACGAAAACGAGAAAUGUUGUAGAAAACGUAAGCGUUCUUCAAGACGUAAACGUUCAAGAAAAUGUUCACUAAACAAGAACAAAGGCAGCAGUUCAUCAUCAGACUCUGAUGUUCCUGUACAGAAGAUACGAAGAACUGAACAUAGCCGUCGCAAGUCCCAGCCUGCCUUACAAAAAGCCAAGGAAAAAGCUAAAAAUGAAGCUAAGCAACAUGACGUGAAGCUACAUGAAGCUAAGAAUGAAGCUAAGCAACAUGACGUGAAGCUACAUGAAGCUGAUUUCAAUUUGUAA